GGGUGAGUAAUUAAUGACAUAAUUUUCAUUUUUGGGUGAACUAACCUUUUAAACAGCUUCUAAAUAUUCAGUAUCAACUCAGUAAUUUUCUUUUCUUUUUUUUUUUUCAUUUGGAUGCACCUGUGCCAUUUAUAGGUAAUAGGUAACUGUGCCUUCCAUAAUAGGAUAUGAGACUAUAACCAUCAUGCAUCACGUAUCUUUUCAUCCAAUAGGUCAUAUGAACAUCAUGUCUCAGUGAAUGCCUAAUGACAAUGCCUGAUCAGUUGAACAAGCACAAGCGCCUCCAUCUGAGCUGUCAAGUGUGGAGGGGAGCUAAAAAUAAAUCGCCGUCACUGCCUGAACAGCGUACGGCGCGUGAAGAGAUUUAUCCCAUUGAUCAACAAUGAGGAGGGGGCGGGGCCAGCGGUGGUUGCGUCAUAAAGGAACCGAAGAUGGCUUCACGAUGCGCUACAGCAGUGCUUAGAUGCGUCAACGCUCAGCUGUCAGUACACACAUUUAUAUGAAAAGGAAGGAAGGGUAAAAAAAAUAUUGGGGGGGAAGGCAGGCGAGCCGUUCAGAUUUAUGUCUCCAGCCAGUUUAUGCUGCACUUGGGUUGUUUAACAGUCAGGGACAAUGGGUUCGACUACAGAUGAAGAAUUUAAAGAGAAAUUACUAUGGAACGUCAAAAGAGAAGUGAAGCAGAUUAUGGAGGAGGCGGUGACCAAGAAGUUUGUACAUGAAGACAGCAGCCACGUUAUUGCACUUUGCAGCUCCAUUGAGGCUUGCUUAAGUCACCUGCUGAAACGGAGAGCGGCCGGAUUCCUCCGCAGCGAUAAGAUCGCCGCUCUCUUCACCAAGAUCGGCAAGGUGAACACCACGGCCAGUGAGAUCUGUCGCAAGGUUCAAGAACAGCUACAGCAACAGGCCGAAAUCACCAGGAGGACCCAGAGCACAGGACAGGAAGCCCUCAAGAGGCAGGGCUCCUCUGCUGGCCGCGCACCUCAGCCACUCUCCGCACAGGCCAUCAAGCACAUAUGGGUCCGCACGGCCCUCUUUGAGAAAGUCCUGGACAGCGUUGUGCAGUAUAUUGUGGAUAACGCAAGUAAGUAUUAUGAAAGGGAGGCCCUCAUGCACGACUCUGUGUUUGGCCCUAUACUGGCGGCACUGCUGGUUGGGCCUUGCGCUCUAGAGUACACUAAGCUCAAGACGUCAGAUCAUUUCUGGACGGACCCGUCGGCCAAUGAGCUGGUCCAGAGGCAUCGCAUCCACGGGGCCCACAGGGGCCAGGAGGUGUCGCCGGGACGCAGGCCUGCGCUUGGGAUCCGAAAGCGUCAGUCCUCAGGAAGCAUGUCUGAGGAUAAGUUUGCAGCCUCGGCGAGAGAGUAUGUCGAAUCCCUGCACCAAAACUCACGUGUUCACUUGCUCUACGGAAAGAACAAUGUACUCGUUCAACCGAAGAAGGACAUGGAGGUGCUGCGUGGUUAUCUGUCCCUUCAUCAGACGGCAGAAACACUCACGCUGAAGUGGACGCCCAAUCAGCUAAUCAAUGGCACUCUGGGAGACUGUGACCUGGAGAAGAGUAUUUAUUGGGACUACGCUUUGACUGUGCCUUUAAGACAGAUCGUCUGCAUUCAUUGUCACCAGCGCCCGGACUGUGGCGGUACUCUGGUGUUAGUAAGUCAGGAUGGGAUCCAGCGGCCUCCUCUGCACUUCCCUCCUGGGGGCCACCUGCUGGCUUUCCUGUCCUGUUUGGAGACGGGUCUACUGCCCCGAGGUCAGCUGGAGCCCCCCCUCUGGUCCCAGAGGGGAAAGGGCAAAGUCUUCCCUAAGCUUCGUAAGAGGAACAGCACGUCCCGUUUAGUGGAUCAGGAUGGGGAUGGAGAGGAGCAAAUCGCUGCAGAUUAUGUGUUUCGCAUCGUUUAUCCGGGGCACCGUCACGACUCAACAGUCACUAUAAACUACCACCACACCACGGGCAGUCGUGCGCCCUCUCUGGACGACGAUGAGGAGGAGGAAGAUAGACUUCAUGCUAUGAUCUCUAUGAUCUGCUCACGGAACCUCACAGAUCCUAAUGUCAUGAAAGUAGACCACGGAGACAUGAUGGAGAUGCAGGGUUUUGGCGGUAGCCCGUUGUCAUGGCAGCAGGGCGAGUGCACCAGUCAUAUGUCAUCUUGUCUGUCCUGCUCCACUGGGGGCAGCAACGCUUCCGUCGAGCUUCCAGCGGGCUGCACCUGCAUGCAUGACCGUAUUCCACUGAAGAUGCUGUGCCAAAAUAUGAAGAGACAGAUUGUGUCUCGAGCGUUUUAUGGCUGGCUGGCCUACUGUCGGCACCUGUCCACUGUGAGGACGCACCUUUCAGCACUGGUCAACCACAACAUUGUCCCUCCAGACAAGCCCUGUGAAGCCUCUGGAGGGCUCAGCAAAGAUGUGUGGAGUAAAUAUCAGAAAGACUGUAAGAAUUAUAAGGAGCUGGAGCUGCUGAGGUUGGUUUACUAUGGAGGAGUGGAGCAUGAGAUCAGAAAGGAGGUGUGGCCGUUUCUGCUAGGACACUACAAGUUCGGGAUGGACAAGAAAGACAUGGCUCAGAUUGACGAGAAGAUCACAGCAAGGUAUCAGCAGGUGAUGCGGGAGUGGAAGGCAUGUGAGGUCAUUGUGAAGCAGCGGGAGAAAGAGAUGCAGUCGGCCAUCUUUGCUAAGUUGUCAUCAGGGAGCAGUAUAGACAGCCACGUCCUCAGACUCAUCCAUAGGGACUCCACUAUUAGCAAUGAGGUAUUCAUGUCUGUAGAUGAGCCUGACGCAGGGGGUCACGACACCUCAUGUGAGGGUGGAAGUACUCCCACCUUAACCACUGUGGUCACCCCGGCCAUGUUAGCCCCAGACGAGAGGCCGCUGGUGGAGUUUGACUCUCCAGACUCAGGCCUGCCCUCCUCCAGAAACUACUCCGUAGCCUCUGGACAUUCCCAAAUCAUGUCCAGCAUCGAAGACGGACAGAGCAUGGAGGAGGACACUACACCCACUGGAGUAUUGGAGGAGCAGGGUGGACGGGACUCUUUGAGUGAGGACAAACUCUGCAGUCAGCUGGACAAGCUCGCAACCACCACCGAGGGCAUUACACCAUCUUUCUCCUCCUAUACGAUUGAGCUGUUGGACACGGUGGCGCUGAACUUGCACAGAAUAGACAAAGAUGUCCAGCGCUGCGAUCGCAACUACUAUUACUUCACUACUAGCAACCUGGAGAAACUACGCAAUAUCAUGUGCAGUUAUGUGUGGGAACAUCUGGAGAUUGGCUAUGUGCAAGGCAUGUGUGACCUUCUAGCCCCACUGAUGGUCAUUCUGGAUGAUGAGUGCUUGGCCUACAGCUGUUUCACUCAGCUGAUGAAAAGGAUGAGUCAGAAUUUCCCUACCGGAGGAGCCAUGGACACUCAUUUCGCCAAUAUGAGGUCACUGAUACAGAUCCUUGACUCGGAGUUGUUUGAGCUCAUGCAUCAGAAUGGAGAUUACACUCAUUUCUACUUCUGCUACCGCUGGUUCCUCCUGGACUUCAAAAGAGAGCUACUCUAUGAGGAUGUGUUUGCAGUAUGGGAGGUAAUCUGGGUCGCCCCUCGCAUCUCCUCCAAGCACUUUGUCCUGUUCAUUGCAUUGGCCUUGGUGGAGGUGUACAGAGACAUUAUCCUAGACAACAACAUGGACUUCACUGAUAUCAUCAAGUUCUUUAAUGAGAUGGCCGAGCGCCACGACGUGCAGCACAUCCUCCAAAUAGCGCGGGAGCUGGUACACAAGGUGCAGACCCUUAUCGAGAACAAGUGAGAACAAGAGUAGGCUGCUGCCCACCAAGCCCUGCCUCGCCGAAUCUCCUCCUCUCCUUCCCAACAGCCCAAGGCUUGAGACCGCCCGGGAUCUGCCUCGACGUCUUGACUCUUUAUAUCGUUUGCCUGCCACAGAAUGCCGUUGUGUCAGACCCUGGCGUUGUCUGCAUGCUCGUGGUGUUUGAGCACACUGUGACUGAGGUUUUUUUCCAUUUCUUGCUGUACACGCCUCCAGCACAUGCCGCACCAAUCAGGUCCUUUUAGAUCUGCUUUUGUAAGACAUGAGAAGCCUCGUACAGGGGUCACAACCGUUUCCCUUCCCUAAAGGCCAGCAAAUGUUAUUAUUCCACUCUUAGCAAUGACAACGGUGUUGUCUGCCUCGAAUAAAACAUGCCGUCGGACAGUUUAGCUGAGCACAGUUUUGAAUCCUCAAACGAGGCUGCGUUAGCUCCCUUAAAUAAUGACUAAGCCACGAAGAAGUCGUCCAAACAGUGUGUGACCAAAAGGACUGUGCCAAUAACCUUGUACUAGUAUUUAUCGUUUAGCGUCUUUAUUGCCCCUUUUCUUCUGUACAAUUCGUUGAUGGUGUUGACGACGAUCUCGGAAUAAAAGUAGUUGACGUUGCCUUUGUAACAUGUUUCACGACCUCCGUCCAUACUUUUGCACUUUGAAUCUGUCCCUCUGUGACACCCAUGAUGCUCCUCUAUGACAGGAAGUGAAGGGGUUGAGGUGUUAUCAGGGCUCACUACACUUCCCUCAGUUUCCUAAAGUCUGGAAAGGGUCCAGACUCUUCCACGGGUCAGCAAACUGCUUCCACAUGAUGGAAAGAGUGUGACUAGACUAAUUAGUCUUUAGCGUGUCCCAUUUUAGAAGCUGGUUGACUUUAUCUACUACCUACAGGCUUUGUUCACUCUGCACCUAUUGUACACUACUGUUUAAAAGCUUGGGGUCAGUAAGAUGUGUGUUUAUUUUUUUAAGAAAUUAGUACUUUUAUUCAGCAAGGACACAUUUAAAGGGGACCUAUAAUGCCCCUUUUACAAGAUGUAAUAUAAGUCUGUGGUGUCCCCAAAAUGUGUCUGUGAAGUUUCAGCUCAAAAUACCCCACAGAUCAUUUAUUAUAGCUUGUCAAAUUUGCCCUAUUUGGGUGUGAGCAAAAACACUCCGUUUUUGUGUGUGUCCCUUUAAAUGUAAAUUAGCUGCUGCUCCAGAAGAGGGCGGAGCUUUAACAGCUCACGCUUCGAUUCCUCAACAACAACAAAGCUGGAUAAUCUCACGCAGCCAAAACGACGAUUGUCAGUAACGGUGUUCAGCCUUACAUUGUUCAAACCGGAGAUGGACACUGAUGGAGAGACUCAGGAACAAGUUACAACUUUUAGAAUGAUUAAUUGGUCAAAAGUGAUUUUUAAAAUGUUACAAAAUUUCUAUUUCAAAUAAAUGUUCUGUUCAUCAAAAAUCAUGGUUUUCCACAAAAAUAUGAAGCAGCAGAACUGUUUUCAACAUUGAUGAUAAUAAUAAGAAAUGUUUCUUGAGCAGCAAAUCAGCAUAUAAGAAUGAUUUCUGAAGGAUCAUGUGACACUGAAGGCUGGAGUAAUGAUGCUGAAAAUUCAGCUUUGCCAUCACAGGAAUAAAUUACAAUUUAAAUGAAAGCUGCAAGCAGCGAUGAAAGGGCCCUCGCACCCGGGGCCACCGCCAUCCGGUGGCCUUAGGAAAACAGUGAAUAGUUGGUGACAUGCAUUUAAGCGAGUAAAUACAGGAGAAAUAUGGCAAAGUCAUUUCGACGUGCCACACUUCCUGCUGCCAACAGGUGGUGCUUUGACUAUUACUUACAUGUAGAUGUCUUCAUGCCAGGACUAUUAUCAAACAUUUGAAGUCUGGAGCAAAUCGGACAUUGCCUGAGUUACAACAACUUCCUGUUUCAUGGCGUUAAUCGCAUACUUUAGCCAAGUGUUGCAUGAUUUAACGUGUUUCUAGCAUGUUUGGUACUUUAGGCAUAUUUAAAUGUGUUUCUAGGAGUGAAUUACAGUGCAGAGCAUGUCAUUUCCUAUUGCCAGCAGGUGGCGCUAUGACUAACUGAAUAUUGGCAUGUAGAGGUCCUCAGAUCAGGACUCUAAUAAAACAUGUGAAGUUUGGGGCAGAUCAAACAUUGUAUGCCUGAGUUACAACAACUUCCUGUUUCAUGGCAAAACAUCGAACUGCGUCAGGCCGCCACGGACACGCCCUUCAGCGAAAACUCUAGAUCUUCGCAAUGUAAUGUCGCAAAGACCUUUAGAUUAGACUUACCAAAUAUGAUGUUUAUCUGAUCAAAUCUCUAGGAGGAGUUCGUUAAAGUACAACAUCUGGAAAUGGCAAAAACUACAAAAAUUUUGCAGAGAAAAUUCAAAAUAUCUGACUUCCUGUUGGGUUUACAGAUUUUGCACCCAGGACUUUUCUGUAGGUAUUGGGCUGUUAUAUCUGUCUGCCGAAUUUCAUACUUGUACAUGAAAUGUAGCAUGAAGGGCGCUUAAUUGAAAUUUUGUAGGUGGCGCUAUCAAGUCAUUUUGCCACACCUAAUUCUGAAACCCACGAGACGUAAAUUUUCAUUUUCAAUUUUCAGUUUCAUGAGUUUUCGAGCAUGUUUAGGCCCUCAAAAUGCAAUUAAUUUCGGAGAAGAAGAAUAAUUGACUGAGCAAUUACAAUAGGGUCCUCACACCAUCGGUGCUCGGACCCUAAAUAUAUUCAAAUAAAAAAGUUAUUUUAAAUUGCAAAAAAAAAAAAUCACAAUAUUACUGUAUUUUGAUCAAAUAAAUUCAGUCUUUGUGAGCAUAACAGACUUAUUUUUCAAAAACAUUUAAAAAAAAAAAAUCUUACCGACUCCAAACUAUUGAACAGAAAUGUGCAUAAAUCCUGUUAUUUUCACAUCCAAUCUCUGUGACUGAUUAUUCACACUUGCUAAUGAUGAACUCAUAUCAUGUCCCGAAUCAUGAAAAAUAACUACUUGAAUAAAUCUGAUCUGACUGUUCAGACUGAAACGCUUUUCAAAAAAAUUUAAUUUGUAAUGACAAACGUCACUAAAUUUGACCUGCUUUUGGCACGUUAUGGCUGUAUAUCAUCAGAUGUGUGUCAUUGCUCUUGUUAAAGACACAUUGCAUACUGGUUGCACAUUUUUAAGCGUAAUUCACUUCCAUACUGUCUUCCCCAUUUUCCAAGUAUUUGAAGCCUAAGGCUGUUCAGAAUGGAUUGCAAGCUGACUGAAUACUUCAUGUGGUAUACUGCCUACUAUUUAUUCAUGAAUAGUACACAGUGCAGUGUGUGACAUCCAAAUGUCAUUUUGGAAAUAAAGUUAUUUAUAGUUAACAUGUCCACUUUUGGCAUGCUGAUCAAAUGAAUCAGUUAAAUUGGAAAUGGGCAGUUUAAUAUACUGCGCAUUUGGUCAUCAGGGUAUUUAAUGCAUAUGGACAAUUCACACAUUGUGCACAUAGUAUGCAUACUUUAUACUGCUGAAGAAGUAGUAUGGUGUGCUAUUCUGAACAGCCUAAAUCAGUCCCAAAAAACAAAUCAAAAACCAACUAUACUUUUAUAACAGCUGAUAGAGAUUAUGGGAGAAGUGGUCUUAUGAUGUGACUAUUGGUCACUGCCUCAAAUCUUGCCAAUUCCUUUUCUUCUUGGUUCCUGUUGAACGCGUGCGAGUGCGAGGGAUGUUUUAGCCCUUAUGAAAGGUUUACUUCCGACAGGAGCUCAUGUACCAAAGCCUCUAAAACAUCAUCAUCCUUGUCAUACACAUGUGCAAUGUUAAAAACCAUAACUCGAAGACUGUUGAUUAGGUGCAUAAAAGACAAAUCAUUUCUUUUUAUUUCUACUGUGAAGCAUUUAUUAUCCUCCUUUCCAUGUGUAUUAUUGCACUGUAAAUAAAGAGAAAAGCCCUGGAUUUCUAUGAGGACACUACUGUCAGCUGUAUUUCAGACUCUAUUUUUUACUUUGGUUUUAGAAACUGUGCUAACCUGGAGAGCUGUACAAUUUGAAUGUGGGAAACCUUUGUUACUUGUUGACUGUUAUGUCCCUUAUCAACAUUGUGCACUGGUUUCUAAUCGUUUAAAAUAUAUAUGUACAUUUUUGUUUGGACGCCAACAUCAGAAUGAAGUAUGUAUUGUAACAGAUGUAUCAAUAAUCUUGAAUGUACAUGUAUUAUGGCAAAAAGUUGUUCCUUACUAUUAAAACAUUUUCAUAUGCAGAAAAA